AUGUUUGAAUUGAAGGAAGAAGAAGAAUACAAAGAAAUAACUGAUAUUGUUAUAAACUUUUAUUUAAAUAGAUUUUGCAUUAAAUGCGGUUAUGAAACUAAAAAAUUCAAGCGUGACCACUUUGUCAUAUGUAAUAUUUCUUUGUGUAGGUAUAGGUUUUUUUAUAUUUAA